UGCCUUUUGAGUUCCGACUUCAACGUAUCGUCAGUCUCUUACAUUUAGGGGUGGUUAAUUGAUAAUCAUUUGCUAAUGUUAUCGGAGGCAAUUAAUUCAAGGAGUAGUUACAUUGAAAAUAAAUCGAAUUUAGUUCGAAUAGGGGGAUAGGAACGAAUGCGUCGUUUUACACAUUCCAUCGUUAUCUUUCAAACGCAAACUGACAACUCCACCACCGUCGUGCCACCCAGACUUGGCGCUCCUUUCAGUUGGCACCCGUGUCUCGAGGUGUGUGGUGUAGACUGGGUGUAGAGUUAGGGACGUACUAGGAAGGCAGUUGAAUGUGUGUCGCCUUUCGCGUUAGCGCUCGGCUGUUCCUGCGUCGUUUCAUCCGUGUUUUAUAGUUUUAAUUUUAAAUUGUUCUUGGUGUAUCUGUUGAUUAAUAGUGUUUUCAAAUAUAGGGGUACGUUCCUCGAUGUAUAUCGGUUGGCGUAUUCCAGUUAUGCGUCUGUUGGUGGCUUGUGAUUUUUAACGUCGGUGACAGACAGCCAUUGGAAAGGAUCCACUCGCGCUGCUACGGUCGUGUAGUGUCGUGUCGUGUCGUCCAAAGACCGUAGUUUUGUGCGUGUGUGUUUAUAAGUAUACCAACUGCGUGCGUAUUGUCGUUGUCGAGACGUCCCCGGAGAGUAUACGAGAAGCUUUCAUAUAAUAUUAUAUUAGAAACAAUGAUGCUGUCCUGAUCUGACGGAGAAGAUUCUACUUUACAUAAUAAGGUAAAGUGGCAAGAUGAGCUUUAGAUGACUGUUGGCUGAGCUGGUGCUCGUUAUAAGUUAGCAUGAGCGAAAUAGCAGCAGUAACUGCAUCCAAUGGUGGUUUGACCCACCUGGAAACUGUAGCACAUAUCAAGAGACAAAAAUUAGCUGGUUACAAUGUUCCUCCUGUACACGGCAGGCCUAACCCACCAAUUAGCGUACGAAACAGACUCAGCACACAUCAAAGAAACCUCAGCCUGGACUUUAGAUCAAUGGGAAUCUUAUUGCCUCCGGUGCCUCAGGCAAGUUCAGCGACCCUAACAAUGCAUCACAGGAAUCGUAGCUUGGAUUCAGCUCUACAGCGAAUACCUGAGGUUGAUGUAACCCCGAGUCCAGAAUGUGAAGCAAAUCCAACUCCAUGUACCAUAGUUGUUCCCUCAAUCAAAGGGCACAGCAGAGAGCGGGAAGAUCUUGCCAGUCUGGGAUCGGAUGACUCUGGAAUUUUGUGUGGUUCUGAAAGCGGAUCUAGUGACACUGCGAAUGCGACAACUAGAGAAUCCAGCGUUGAACACUUGCAUAGCAGAGAAAGCUUGGACUCUACACGCUCGCAAGCUGGUGAUUCUGACAGUGUCGAUGUUGUAGAUGGAGAUAUAAGUGUCAUAGUGUCCCAUUCCCCAACUGAACUUGUGUCUAGUGAUUGUUUGUCAAAAGAGAUUUAUAACGGUCUCGAUGGAUCUGAACAUUCCGAUGAAAGUGAACCCAAAGAAGUUGUUGUACUUGGCAAGGGAGAUCAUAAUCUUCCAAAAGAACCGUGUGGUAGUGAUUAUAUGUCCCAAGACUCUAGAAACAAUGCUAAUCGCAUCAAUCAAGUCGUUUGUAGACAUACCCUGCACAUGAAUGCUUUGCAAAAUGGCGUUGCCGAUGCUGCGAUCACUUUGUGCUGUGGGACUGGUCAACCCGAGACUAAAUCAAUCAAAAAACAGGCAGAAAUAUGCAGACAAGAAACUGCGCAACCUAAAUCCUCUAAGGGAUGCUUACUCAGGCUAUUCGAGAGCCAGGUUUUUGAUAUGUCCAUGGCCAUUUCUUAUCUUUUCAACUCCAAGGAGCCUGGAGUGCAAAGUUACUUGGGCAACAAAUUAUUCAGUUUCCCUGACAACGAGCUGGACUUUUAUUUACCACAGCUUGUAUCCAUGUAUAUACAAAUGCAUGACGUUGCAGAAGUUAUCCAUCCUUAUCUCGUCCAUCGGUGUAGAAAGUCAGCAGAUUUCUCGUUGAAAUGUGCUUGGCUUUUGGAUGCGUAUAGUUCAGAUGCCCAUCUUCCCUCUAAAAAGAAGUCUCAUGGAACAAAACUUAAGAAUCUUAUUUUGUCAGAUGAGCUCAGGCCAAAAGAAAACGAAUCCAACAGAAGGCAGCGUAUUUGUGGUCAACAAGUUCCUUUACCUCCGCCGCUACCAUCCAUACAAUUUAUCACUUCACCAAAUAAAAAGACACAUCAAAGAUCACAGUCUGACGCUACUGGGCUUUUCCAGGCUCUUCGUCGUAGUCAUUCCGGAUUAGUGAACAAAGUGAGUUUGGGGGACCUUAGCUCUGGUCGAGCGUUCGAUAAUGGGUGUACCUGUUUUGAUUCUUGUCAAGGAAUUGUCAACGAUUUGCGUGGAAAAAAAACUGAUUGUUUUUGCGGGGCUCCUCGAUUAGCUCCAGAAUAUGAAUUUAUCCAGGCACUUAUCUCUAUCGGCAAAUUACUCGGAACUAUUCCAACUAAAGAGGGAAAAAUUGUACAGCUGGCUGCAGAAUUGAAUGCCAUUAACCUGAAUCUUCCUGCACGUGUGUGGAUUCCACUAUACAGCACUGUACCACAUCACAUUGUUAGAGUGCCAUCUCAGUCUGCAGCUAUUUUGAACAGCAAGGACAGGGCGCCCUAUAUCAUUUACGUCGAAGUAUUGGAAGUCGAAGAUAUUCACACUUCACCGGUGCCACCAAAAAUCAUGGGCAGUUCUCUGCGGCACACAAAAUCUGAAGAAAAUCUUACCGGCGAUGAACAGUCAACUGUCACUAACUCCAGUAUUACGACCACCGAAGUCCCAACAGUUGCUUUAACAAAUCGUGGACAAGCAGACAAUAUUAUCAGUACUCCUGUCCAAACAAGUGUCAACACAGCUUUCAAUCCUUCCGAUGAUGACCCAAAUGAUUGCUGGAGCCAAGAAGAUGAAGAAAUAUCUGAACAGUAUUUACAACUUCGCAAGCCAAUCGACAGGGAUACGAUAUCACAAUUAAGUCAAGAAUCAUCAGACAGUCGUGAACCAAAUUUCAUACCCGGAGAUAUUAAACGGCGCUUGUCCCAGAUGGCUUCUACCCCCAGUGCCAAUUUCAACUAUGAUCGCGAAGACCCUUCGGCAGCAGCUCUUAAGGAACCCUGGGAUGUGAAGCAACGCCGUAUAAGAGCCACCAGCCCUUAUGGUCACUUUGCUUCCUGGCAGCUCCUUGCCGUUAUCGUCAAAUAUGGUGAUGAUUUUCGACAAGAACUCCUAGCCUCUCAGCUUCUGUCCAUGCUUCAGAGAAUUUGGCAAGAGGAACAUGUCCCACUUUGGGUCAGGCCAUACAAAAUACUAUGCCUGUCCAACGAUAGUGGACUGAUCGAGCCUAUUUUGAAUACAGUCUCGGUUCACCAAGUGAAGAAACAUUGUCAACUUACUCUGCUACAAUAUUUUGAACGAGAAUUCGGCCCUCGUACUUCGGAAGGUUUCCUGACAGCACAGAGAAAUUUCGUGGAGAGUUGUGCGGCAUAUUGUCUCGUCAGUUAUUUAAUCCAAGUGAAAGAUCGCCAUAAUGGAAAUAUCCUGUUACACAGCGAUGGCCACAUAAUUCACAUCGACUUUGGUUUUAUGCUUUCUGCUUCACCUCGAAACAUUGGCUUUGAAACCUCCCCAUUCAAGCUCACACCAGAGUUCGUGGAAGUAAUGGGCGGUGACAAAUCCGACAUGUUCAACUAUUUCAAAAUACUUAUUCUUCAGGGAUUAGUAGCUGCUCGAAAGCACAUGGACAAGAUUCUUAGUCUUGUUGAAAUCAUGAGAUCCGGAUCUCAGCUGCCGUGUUUCCGAAGUGGGGCAGCUACCGUACAGGGGUUGAAGAAUCGGUUUCACUUGAGUUUAACUGAAGAUCAGUUACGCAGGCAUGUCGAAGAUCUUGUCAAAGGUAGUAUUGGCUCUUGGUCAACAAAAUUGUACGAUCACUUCCAGUACUUUACUAACGGUACACUUUAAUGGGGACUUUAUACAUACGCGAGUGCGCGACGAUAUUGUGUCACAUCAUUUGAGUUUACAAAUUGCUUGUGUGGUGGUGACGUAAAUUCACCAAAUUAAUUGUGGAGAAGAUUGAAGUUCGUACACAAAUUUGAUACAAAGAGAACCCCAAAACAGCUAGUGUCGAAAUGAACGCUUAUAUUCGUGGAAUCGUGACUUGUAGAAACUGCAAAAAUAUUCAAGGGACACCACAAAUUACAAUAACAAAGGUAGGUGUACUACUGGUGCCGAUGUUUAGACGGAUAUGGAUAAAUGGUGAGUAAAUGAAUCCGUUUUAAACAACAGAGUAAUUUGUUUAAGGUGCCUUAUACAUACCUAUGUAGUGAAGGUGAAAAGUUGGUCAAAUUUAGUACAGUGGUGUGACUGUAGUGAUUUUAUACGAUUUAAAAAGUUGGUCGUUAAAGCCAGCCGGACAAUUUCUGUAAUUUGUAAAUACCUGAAAGUGAAUUCCUGUUGAGACUAAGUUAGAUCUCAGCAAUAAAUAAUUGUAUCUUAACGUAAUAAACUUGUUGAGUCUUUCAUCUAAACACGAGCCUCUGCAAAUUAACAACAAUCCUGAUGACUGUUUCAGUCUGAUUGUUGGGCUAAAAUUACGAAUGGAGACGAAUACUCAAAAUCUUUCCUAUUAUAUUAUAUUAUUAUACAUAUAAAUAUAUAUAAAUAUAUAUUAUAUUAUGAUGAAAUAUAUAUAUUACAACUUGAUAUGGCAGUCUUAUAAGCGUAUACUAAAAUGUAGACAACAGCGUGGAAUCGUAACUUAUUCAUUUUUAUUAUUACUUUCUCAUUUGAUAACGUAGCAGAGUCAUAACUAUUCGAAUUGAUUAUUUCAAAAUUGAUGAUAAUCGGUAUUGGAAACUUUUUGUCAUUCGAAUGUUCAUUGAAACCACAAACGAAAA